GCAGGGGACAGGGGCAGGGAUCAACAGCCUCUCGUGGAAUAUUUUAGUGUGUUAAACCUUUUGUCCCUGCCAGACCAUACUGUUUUAAAGUAAUUAUUUACCAGUGCAUGUGUUCCUAUAGCUAUUAAUAACUGUAGUGGAAUAACAGCAACUACACGGUGCUGCAGGAGGACGUCCAAAAUGUAUCCGAGUGGAGCAGCUGGGGAUUCCUCUCCUCCCCCCCCUCCACCUCCAGAGUAUGUAUUCAAACCCCCUCCGCGGCCGGAUUUCGGCACCAUGGGCCGACCGAUCAAGCUGCAGGCCAACUUCUUCGAGAUGGAGAUUCCCAAACUGGAGGUGUACCAUUACGACAUCGACAUCAAGCCUGAGAAAUGCCCUAGAAGAGUCAAUCGUGAAAUUGUGGCGCACAUGGUGCAGCACUUUAAAACACAGAUCUUCGGAGAUCGGAAGCCUGUCUAUGAUGGGAGAAAGAACCUCUACACAGCUAUGCCAUUGCCCAUAGGGAGGGACAAAGUGGAGCUCGAGGUGACCAUCCCUGGGGAGGGGAAGGACAGGAGCUUCAAGGUGGCCAUUAAGUGGGUGUCGUGUGUCAGCUUGCAAGCCCUCCACGAAGCGCUGUCUGGACGCCUGCCAAGUAUCCCUUUCGAGACUAUCCAGGCCUUGGAUGUGGUCAUGAGGCAUUUGCCCUCAAUGAAUUAUACCCCCGUCGGACGCUCCUUCUUCACCUCCUCAGAGGGCUGCUCCAACCCCCUGGGUGGUGGGAGAGAGGUCUGGUUUGGCUUCCACCAGUCCGUCAGACCCUCCUUGUGGAAAAUGAUGCUGAAUAUUGAUGUGUCGGCCACUGCUUUCUACAAAGCCCAGCCUGUGAUUGAGUUCAUGUGUGAAGUUUUGGAUUUCAAAAGCAUUGAAGAACAACAGAAGCCCUUAACCGACUCCCAGAGAGUAAAGUUUACUAAGGAAAUCAAAGGCCUGAAGGUUGAGAUCACUCACUGUGGACAGAUGAAGAGGAAGUACAGGGUGUGCAAUGUGACAAGAAGACCCGCCAGCCAUCAGACAUUCCCUCUGCAGCAGGAGAAUGGCCAGACCAUUGAAUGCACUGUAGCUCAGUACUUCAAAGACAAGUACAAACUGGUGCUGAGGUAUCCUCACCUGCCAUGCCUACAGGUGGGGCAGGAGCAGAAGCACACAUACCUUCCUCUUGAGGUGUGCAACAUAGUUGCUGGGCAGAGGUGCAUAAAGAAGCUGACAGACAAUCAGACCUCCACUAUGAUCCGUGCCACUGCCCGGUCCGCACCUGACCGCCAAGACGAGAUCAGCAAGCUGAUGAGAAGUGCCAACUUUAACACUGAUCCUUACGUUCGUGAGUUUGGGGUCAUGGUGAGGGAUGAAAUGACAGAGGUCAACGGCCGUGUCCUCCAAGCACCAUCGAUCCUCUACGGGGGCCGGGUAUGUAAUAAAGCAAUAGCCACCCCGAUCCAAGGGGUGUGGGACAUGAGGAAUAAGCAGUUCCACACAGGGAUCGAGAUCAAGGUUUGGGCCAUCGCUUGCUUCGCUCCACAGAGGCAGUGCACAGAGCUGCUCCUCAAGGCGUUUACAGACCAGCUGCGGAAGAUCUCUCGAGACGCUGGCAUGCCCAUCCAGGGCCAGCCCUGCUUCUGCAAGUACGCCCAGGGAGCCGACAGCGUGGAGCCCAUGUUCAAGCAUCUCAAAUAUACCUAUCAGGGCCUGCAGCUCGUGGUGGUCAUUCUGCCUGGCAAGACCCCAGUCUAUGCUGAGGUGAAGCGUGUGGGUGAUACGGUGUUAGGCAUGGCCACUCAGUGUGUGCAGGUAAAAAAUGUUCUGAAGACCACACCCCAGACCCUAUCCAACCUCUGCCUGAAGAUCAACGUCAAACUAGGAGGAGUCAACAACAUACUGCUUCCGCAGGGCAGGCCACUGGUGUUCCAGCAGCCUGUUAUCUUCCUGGGGGCAGAUGUCACUCACCCCCCUGCUGGAGAUGGGAAGAAACCCUCUAUCGCUGCGGUGGUGGGCAGCAUGGACGCCCACCCAAGUCGUUACUGUGCCACGGUUCGUGUCCAGCAGCACCGGCAGGACAUCAUUCAGGACCUUGCCACCAUGGUGCGAGAGCUGCUCAUCCAGUUCUACAAGUCCACCCGCUUUAAGCCCACCCGCAUCAUCUACUACCGCGAUGGCAUUUCCGAGGGCCAGUUCAACCAGGUGAGCCCACAGGUCCUCCAACAUGAGUUGCUAGCUAUCCGCGAGGCAUGCAUCAAGCUGGAGAAGGACUACCAGCCAGGCAUCACCUUUGUGGUGGUGCAGAAGAGACAUCACACCAGGCUCUUCUGCAUGGACAGGAAUGAGAGGGUGGGAAAGAGUGGCAACAUACCUGCAGGCACCACAGUGGACACCAAAAUCACUCACCCAUCAGAGUUUGACUUCUACCUCUGUAGCCAUGCAGGCAUCCAGGGUACCAGUAGGCCCUCGCACUACCACGUGCUGUGGGACGACAACCACUUUACGUCGGACGAGCUGCAGGUGCUCACCUACCAGCUGUGCCACACCUACGUACGCUGCACCCGCUCCGUCUCCAUCCCCGCGCCAGCCUACUACGCUCACUUGGUGGCGUUCCGCGCCCGCUACCAUCUAGUGGACAAGGAGCAUGACAGUGCGGAGGGCAGCCAUACAUCAGGCCAGAGUAAUGGACGGGACCAGCAGGCCCUGGCCAAGGCGGUACAGAUCCACCAGGACACCCUGCGCACCAUGUACUUUGCCUGAGCACCAGCCAAAGCCGGCGGAUCAGCCAUGGCAACACUUAGGGCAGCAUCACACCUGGAAGGAAUGAAAUAUGGAUCUAGCAAAGGCCAGGUUUGCCUCUCCCCUGGCCACUCUGUGCUCUAUGGACUUCAUCAGAACAGGUUACACAGCGCCAGGUCUGAGAUCCCACAUGGAUAAACAAACAAAACAAAACUACUUUACCCUGUUGCGCUCCCAAAAGGCUACAACAUGUAUUCCAAAAUCCAAACAAAUUCAGCCACCCCCACCCCAUCCAAACAUCUAAUGGAUGUGAUGGAGGGCCAUGUAAAAAAGGGGUCAUCGCUAAAUUGUGUGUGUGUGUGUGUGUGUGUGUGUGUUUUCUUUUUAUAUAUAUAUAUGUUUAUUGUAAAUGUUUUAUAUUUGUACAUGUAGGGGCUAACUUGUUUACAUAGGAGAGCAAUCCUAUCCAGAAUCCCUUUUACACUGACUAUGGCGUUUAUUAUCUUGAGUGGACUGGGGUGGGGGGGUGGGUUUACAUUGACCUGAUUGUAACCGUUGGCGACUCAGUCCUAUGUGUGCAGUGCACUCACAGACCUAAGGGGCAUGAACUUGAAAGAGCAUGAAUUAUGUAGCUAUGCUGUUGGGAAGUCAGUUAAGUCCUCACUGCUUCCCAUGUAGAACAAGAUUUUAACCAGCAUUGUGCCCCUGAAAAGCGGCAUAUGGCGCAUGCCAUAAGUACUUAAUCAGCGUGUGUGUGUGUGUAACAGAACUUCAUCAGUUAGUGUCAUUUGACGGCCUGUUUAGACCUACUGUAUUCGCCCUUCAUGUAAGGUGACCAAAAACAGGCUUUUUGCCAGACUGAAUGCUACAAUUUCAUCUGAUGAAAUGGUGGACUGCUAAGCUAUGAAUUGAAAGGCAAAGAAAACUGUAACAUCGAAAAACAAGAUAUUGGCUCUUUACAGAGCUUGGGGAGGACGAAUCAGAAAUGAUGGUGGUUAAAUUAUGUACGAAAAGGAUCUGACCGCCAUUUGUUUUAUGCCCUCCCCACCCCACCCCCCCACCCACUUUGGAUUUGUUUGUACAAUCAGUAAGUGGUCCUCCCUUGUGGGAGGCUUCGAACUGCUUAUGUGGGACUGGAUCCCAGUUCUUAUACCAAUGGUGCUCUGAGCCAAGAUAAUCACAAAGAUGAUUAUGCCCUUUUAUUGAUGAAUUGUCACGUUUUUUCUUUUAUCAUAUAUUUUUUCCAAUAUACAUAUAUGAGCACAUUUGACCAAGAUUUUAUCUUUCAAUCCCGUAGUGCGGCAUUUAGAUAAGUUGGGUGUUUGACCUGUUGAGCUUGUGUUUUUGUUUUGUUGCAUUUAAAUUGUUUUAAAUACACCAAGUUCCUGCAGUAAGUUGGCCAGUGUUUUAGAAUAAUUUGUAUAUGGUGAGCAUGUAGUCCCAUUGGGAUGCUCUGCUGUUGGCAUAGAAUCUUAUGUAGUCCAGUCAGAUCAUGCUGGACUUGUCAGAGAGGAGUGCAUCUCCAGUUUCAUGACUGUCUCUUGUUAAGUUUCUGGUUGGGGUUGACUGGACAUGUAUGCCUUUAGCCCACUACAUCUGCAGGACAAUGGUGAUAACAGACACUGCAUGCCAGUUGACAAAACGGAAAACUGAAAUGGAAUCUAACAAAUAGAAGGUGCUUUAGGUACCACUUGCGUGUGUGUUUGCAAAGAAACUGUGCUUGGGUUUGAAUCCCAGUAAUACUAUUUAUGGUCUCACUGUGCUUAGAUUGGAUGCCAAGACCCUUAACAUAAUGCCACUUUCUCUGUUCCAGUGUUUUAGCAUCUCGCGUUAAGAAGGGGUAAAAAAAAGAUAUUUAUUCCCCCCCCCCCCCCCCCCAAUAAGAAAAGUGCCGUUCACGGCUAGGGUCUGAAAUUUUAGUCUUUUUAUAUUAUUAUUUUGUAGAGCAAAGUAAAAAGACUAGUCCGCAUUUUUAUUACAAGCUUUUAUUGAAAAGCAUUCAUUAAGGUCUAAAAACAUUGCAGAAAAGGCCCUGGUAACUGUGCUUGUAUUUACCCUCUUAAAAUUGAUUAUUUGCCUGGAAAGACUCAGUUUAGUUUAGGACAGAUUUUUAUAACUAUGCAUUCUUAAAGAGAUUUUAGCUGUGACAAGUUUGUCUGUAUACAUUUUAGAUCACUUUGCAUAGUAGAUGGGGAGAUAAGGGUGAGUUUUUCUUUUUUUUUUUUUGUAGUGGGCUUAGCACAAAAUCCCCUUAACCUCUUGUAGCAGUAUUUGCUUUUUAUGUCCAUUUCCAAAUAUAUAUUUAUAGAUGUAUAUUCUGAUGACCCAGACAAUUGGUUAUUAUUUGUACCGUAUCAAUACCCCCCCCCCCCCCCCCCACCAAACAACAUUUGCCAUUAUCAAUGUCCACAGUAUAUGAAGCACAAAUGGAUGUUGUAAUUGUAGGUGCUAGAGCCCCUCAGUAUACAGAGGGGAAAACUUGUACUUCAUCCCUCAAUGUAACGACACCUUAAACCUCAAAAUGGACAGGUCCAAGAGGUUCUUGAUUUAUUAACUAAGAUUAUAAUUAUUUUCAACCUGUGCUUUUCUAAUCAGUCACAUUGAUUUUUUUUUUGAUUUUUUGAUUUUUUUUUUUGUCCAUUUUCAUAACUGACUCAAAUACCAACUGACUAUGUAUAUGGGGCAUUUAUGUUAAUCAAGUACUUGAGAGCUGUUUUUUUUUUCCUCGUAAUUAUUUGGCGCUGGUAUCGCAACAUAUUCAUUUGGGUGCACUUCGUAAAACAAUGGACAGGGUGCAUGUUCCAUCCGUUUAACUGUUUGUGUCGCAGGUAGAACGUAGCCAAUGCUAACUGUGCUAUCCCUUGGGUGCAAUUGUGUUGAAGUGGCCUUGUGUUUACCUCUUGUUACCUGUUACUUAUAGGAUGGUAACAUUACAGCAGAGGCCAUUUCCUCACAAUUGCACGAGACAAACUGAACAAUUGUCACAACGUGGUAAUUCUCCGAAGUUCUUGUUUUAAAUUUUGUUUUUUUCUUGUCAUAUCCAAAGGUGGUGUCAUGCUCACUGAUCCUACAUCACUGCUUUACUUAUAUCAGGGCUGAGUAUUGUCAUUUGUAAAGGGCUGAUGUGGUGAUGUUUUCCAUCUAACCAAACACCAACUGGUCUAGUCUCUGCUGGUUUCCUUGCUUAGAUGAUGGAUUAGUGGCUUUGAUUGGAUUAAAAGGAAAACAUCACCCUACCUUAGUCCUUUGAGUGCAAGAUUACAACCCCCUGUUCUGUAUGGUCCAGAAACCCUCUUGUUGAUUGUAACUGAUGUCUGUUAUCAGCAGGCUUUAAAUGGCUGAGGUGACUGGAUUCCAUAGGUUUUUCCAUAAGAUUAAUUUCCCACUAUUACUAAUCAUGUCAUUAAGCUUACUGGUGCCAAAUUGACUGCUUUGGAUUUGCUAGGAGCUUGCCACAUUCUGCAGUCAAUGCAGAUUUAAGGUGAUUGAGACCCAUCUCUUGCUUAGAGGGCAUUGUAUUUUUUCAACCUAUCUUGGGGGAUUAUUAUAUAUAGAUAUAUUUUAAAUGUGCCGUGUACCAAAUCGUCUUUCAUGCUUUUCUUGCAAGUGCAUUGUUCAUGCAUCACACAUUCAUUUCUAUAAGCUCAUAUGCCAGCGACUUGAAUUGACUGCUCCAUAAUUCAGUAUUAAGUAAGUCAGAAAUGUUAGGACAACCAGCUUCACAUCCACUUGACCCUUUUUUUUGCUCUUUGUUCAAGUACACACAUUCUGUGUAGUUCAUUUUUCAGAUUUUCAUUUUGUUUCUGUACUAAGAUUUUUUAGUCAGUUAUAUUGCAACUUUUCUUGACUCUCAAACCCAUCUUGAAAAAGGAUUUCCAAUGAUUUUGUCUUUAAUGUUGCAAGUUCUACCUUCUGAUACCAGCACCUUAGAUUUCCAGUUGUUCUCAACAUAUGCAAUUCCUUAAAGUAUGAAAAGUAUAAAAAAAAAACAUUGUUUUGCACUAUAGAAGUUUGGAGUUGUCAGUGGUGUUUAGAAGUGUAUACCUCAGAAUUGGGGCGAACGUAAUGCGGGUAGCUGUGCCGUCAUCUUGGUGACUUUUCUUUAAAGGUCUUGGGGUUACAUUAGCCAGACACAGACAAACAUUGGUACAAGAGCGAACCAUGAACUACUUAUGCCAAGUUCUACAUUGUUACAGCCUAUGCAAAAAGUGUAUUGAUGGAGAUAGUCAAAAUGGAAUCAUGUAAGGUUCUUUUUCAUUUUUAAAUCAUUGCUUUUUGAUUUCAUUGGAUGACAUCCAAACCUUCCUCUAGUUUUUUGCCAUAUAAUCAAAAUAUUUAGGGCAACAUAUCUGUGUCAAAGAUAGUAUUGUGUUUUGAGUGCAAGCUGGAGGUCUCUUGUCAGAUUGAAUUUUGUGGUGCUUUACUAAAACAGAUUGGCACUGUGGAUAAAUUGUGCUGUGUUGGCAACAAAAAAUGUAGAUUGUUCAAUCGCAAUUCAAAUCUUAUUUUUGUAUACAUGUUAAGGCUCAAGCUAUUUCUCUUUGCUGUAGACUUUCUUUUGUUGGUUUCGUCAGAAUAAAUGAUGCAGCACUAUAUAGUUUUGCCCUGUAUUUAUGACUGAAGAUUUCAUGAUUACUUGUAAGCACAUACAGUGUUCUCAGGACUGUAUCAGAUUUUACACUGAAGGUUUUAACAACAUUACAUCAUAAAACUCUCCUACCUUAUUUUUGGCCAAAUAACUUACCUGCUUAAACACUACCAACAGGUUAUUUUCCAGAGCUGUGGCAUUUUACUCUGUAUUCUGCAAAUAAAGCUUACUUUUUGAUUUAGUUUAUACAUGUUCAGAGAGCAGGCAGAAAACUAUUAUUGAUUGCUCCAGUCAGAGGAUCUUGGCUUGUGUGAAUGCUUUUCCCUUUUGGUUUUAGACUGCAGGGUGUUGCAUGUGUUUCUAGUGAGGCUUGCACAUUCAGCUUUAUUUUAUUUUGUCUCAAGUUUGGCACCAAUAAUUUUACUAUUGCCUUUUUUAUCAGUGGCUGUAAUGAGUAAAAUAUACAAAAGAUCCCUCCCUUUAUAUUACUCUUAUUAAUGGAUCCUUCCAGAGGAUCUAUUCAGCAUAACAUGGUGAAUGUAUUUUAAAUGCCAGCAUUGUAAAACCAGUGUACUCUAGACCUAUGUUCUGUUCUGUCUAUCUUUACCUAGAUGUAAGCUCCAAUAGAAAGAAAAUGUUUAGAAAUUGCAUUGCAUUUAGUUCUUAAAUUCAGUCGGGCUCAUCAAACAAAUUUCAAGAACAUCCACAUUCAGACUUUUUUUUUUUUUUUUUUUUUUUUAAACCAUUUUUCUCCAAUGCUUCAGGCAGUUCUUCUGUAUAGAGAGAACAAUCAAGAUGUUUCCUCAAAAAUGGCAUGAGCAAAACCUUAAUUAUUUAUAUUAAUUGAUCGACUUUUUUUAUUUUGGUCUCAAUAAAUCCAUCACCAUUUUAAGGCAUGUAAGGGCCUUGGGCCUUGCGCCUCACUACAUGAUGGCACAUACCAUAUAGUUGAGUGACCCUAUUUUCUUUUGUUUAUCACCCACAUAGUUUUAUUUUAUUCCAUAUUAAGCUUUUCUAUUCUUAGACUGACAGGUCUUUAUUGAUAUACAGCACCUUUUUUCAUAGUUCAAAACAUGCUCUUUUUCCCUGACCGGUUCUUUGGUAAAACCAGCAUUACCUUUGGUGUGGAUACUGAGGAUACUAUUCCAGAUUCUGUUACUAGACAUUCAUAGUUAACAGAAAUGCCAUAUUAUUAAUGACGUUUAUUCAAUGGAUACACUUAGUGCUCCAAUCCUCAAAAUCAAUGCCAUAUUACUGUAAUUAGGAAGCAUGAGUGGGCACCUAAAUCUGAAAUGAAUCAAACUAUUUUUUUCUUGUCUUCAAGAACUCCGGAUUUAUCUGGCUUUUUAUACCAACUUGGAACACUACCUCAGAACAGUGUCAGGUGCUAGCAUGCACCCCUGAUUUGUAUAAUGACAAAGAACAGUAACAGUGACCAAACAACACAUGCCAAUACUGUUUGUAUAGAAAAUAUUAUUAUAAUUAUUGUUUUUUUUGGUUGAGGACUAAUUUGAGGGACUAUCACCCAAAAAGAAAUUCAGGGGACCAAAAAUGUUGUAUUUGGCAACAGCAUCGUUUCAUCCAUAUGUUCUCUCUUAUGAUAUAAAACUAUAUGUCAUUUCUAAAAACUGCCUGUGAACACCCUUAUUUAUUGCAGUGAGCCUCAACCAAGACUGGAUGACCUAUUUGCCAACUGUAUGAUGACCUGGUCUGCUAUGUCCUUUCAUGGGUCAGCAGCUGUUCUGAGGGUGUAGGAUGCUAGGAGUAUAGGUGCCAUUUGAUUGUGCUGAUCUACACACUAAGCAGUAGAGAGAAAGAACCUUAAGUUCUACCCUGCUAGGGUCUUUGGGAAAAACCCUCUUUUAACAUUUUUAGCAAUGAACAAUGUCAAUGUCAGCAGGGCUUCUAAACGAAACCUUCAGGUUUCAAAGAGUCCUGGAACUUUCAAAACUUUUUAAGCUUGACUUCAUGAGCAGGUUUUACCAAGACCUUUUAGCAAAGAAGACCUGAAGAACCUGAAAUGGUUCUAAGAACCUUUUUAAGCGUAUAGUGUGAUUAAGAUAAUAUGUAUGACUGAAGUCAAGUCAAGGAUUGGCUUAAAGUCUGUGGAGGUUUGCGGUCAUAGUUUUCAGAAUAAAAUGGUGUAUAUUUGAAAAGUUGUAUAUUUGUGCUAUUUGACAGGGAUGUGCCAUAUUGUGGAUUGUCUGCUAAUUGUGGAGGAAUGGUCAUGGAUGAAGUUGUAUUGGCUCUUAUCUCCAACUUUGGAUUUUGCUUUUGGGCAAGGCAACCUGGUAUCUGAAUAAUGUGCAGUAUCUGAUCAGCAAUACCAUUGUGGCAAGCUGAAAAUAGUGGCCGAAUAUAGCAAGGAUUUAGGUUGUUAUCCUCUACUUGACUUCAUUUUGUAACUGUAUGGCAAUAAAAUCAGUGAAGCUGUUGUCAAAAUCAAAUCUGCUGUUUUCUCCCAGAGUUAGAGAAAAUGCAGAACAUGCAUAAGCUAUGACAGUUCUCUGUUUCAAGAAACAUAUUGAUAGACUAAUUGCAUUUUAUAAAGGGAAUAAUUCUAAGUGACAAAUCUAAUAACAAAUAUAUUCUUUUUAACUAAUGCACGGGUUGGUUUUAGGCGUUUGAAAGAAUUGCUCAGCAGAAUGGUACAGAUAAGGGUGUGUAGAAUCUAUGUUAGGUGUGAGGUAGAAACAUCUGAUUUUUUUAUUUUUUUUUUCUCCCCUCAUUCCUAUGUGUGCCUUUUCGAUCACCCCCCUCUUCAACGUAAAAGAAUUUCUAUGUUACUCAUCAUGCAACCUUGUAAGAACAUGCUGCAUAGAAUGAUCAGUAUUUAUCUUUUGCACUUUCUAAGCAGUUUUUAAAAGAAAUCGCCCACAUCUGGUUGGGCAGAGUGAGAGAAAGAUGAAAAAUGAAAAGAACGAGGUAUUUUCUGCUACAAUAGGAACUUUAAGGAAUAAUAUGACUUGGAUAACUUUUCUAAAGAAAAAAAAAGUAUAUACACAUGAAGUACCUCAUAAGCCUGAUAUAUGCUGCAUUGACUUUGCAUUUUAGUUUAAUUUUGCAUACUGCAUUUUUUUUCCAAAAUCAAAGUAUCCCUUUAUCCUGGGAGGUUUGUUGAACACACAAGGUUGUGCAAAUGCCUGUUUUUGUCUUUCCUGGCACAGCGUCACCUCUUUAAUUAUUGUUUUUUGUAACCCUAAAUAGCAUGUGCAUUUGUACAUUAUAUAGUGCACAGUUGAUCAAAGCCUCUGACGUAACACACAAACUUAAUUUCAGUUUUCCCAAAAUGUUCCCAUCUGACAAAUUCAAUGUGAUUCUGUAUGAUGACCCAACUUGUUAAACUAAAUGGGCAUAGAGAAAUACAUCCCAGUGAGACAUGAUCACUAUUGGUGAAUGAUGAAAUGUGACUACAGACUCAGGUAUUGCCAGCUAAGGGCUAUAUCUGCUGCUGCUGUUACCUUUCAGUUCCCUCACCUUUGUCUUAAAUUAGCCAAUUGCAUGUGGUGUUGGAACAACAUUUCUGGACAUCUGGCCUUACUAAUGCACUAUGACCUGCAGCGUGUAGGCUAAAUGUUGCCCAUAGUUAUUCAAUGCCCUUCGUCUGUUUGCUUUUCAUCUACCUCCUCUGAAUGUAGGGAGUGUCCUGAACCCCCCCCCCGCCCCCCCAAAGACAAUCAUUUACAUUCUCCUGGCCCAACAGGAAUCAAAUGCAAGUAAAAAAAAACUAGUUUUGCAAUUCUGGGCAGCAUGAUUAAUCAUUUUUACAAGUUGUAAAUUAUUUCCAGGACACUCACUUUUUUUAUUAUUAAAAACAUUAUCUUGAAACAUGAGUCCAUAUCCACACACAAGCCAUGGAAUAGCAAAGUGACCAAAGGUUUUUAUUUUAUUGUGAUGGCAUCCCUGCACAGCCCACUGGCUACAAGCCUCCCAUUCAUGUCAUUGAUUUUGAAAAACUCUCUAAACGUCAUAGCUUUUCACCACAUGCCAAAUUUGAAUUUUCUGUCAUUCCUGUCUUGGUGGUCUUUUUUUCUUUUCAAAUUGAUGCAUUUGAAUACACUGCUAAGUUCCUUGAUGUUUUUGUUGUUUUUCUUCUUGAUGUUGUAACGUGUGAGCUUUCAAUUUGUAUUUUACUUUUUGUUAAUUAUUAUGAUUAACUCUGAAGAUAUGCUGUAAACCUUAUUAGGACAUAAUGUGAAUAUGUAUCACUUGUAGUUCACUCUCUGGCUUGACUGUAUAUUGCAUUAAUUAAUAAAAAAAAUAAAAUUAGAUUUUCUCU